UGGGAAAUGGUGGUUUUGCUCUAAACAUGGCGAAUAUAUCAAAUCCUUUACCUUAUAUUACUAAAAGAGAAUAUGGACUUUUACAUAAUCUUAAAUCGCAGUUAUUUAAUAAACGGCUUAAUGCAGCCAAAAACUUAUAUCGCCGGGAUUUAGUUUGCCAUUAUGGAUGUGUCAAUGCCAUUGAAUUUUCGAGCAAUGGCGAAUUAUUCGUAUCAGGUGGAGAUGACAGGAGGGUGAUGUUGUGGCAGUUUGGUCAGGCUAUAUUAGGAUAUGGAAAACCUGAACCCAUGAAAGCUUUACAUCAAUCGAACAUAUUCUGCUUGGGUAUCACUUCAGACAAUCAGAAAAUAUAUUCAGGAGGAAAUGAUGAUGUUGCUAUAGUGCAUGAUUUAGAGAGUAAACGUCCACUAGAAGUUCUACAGCAUCAAAGGGCAGUUUGUAGUCUUAGCAUAGACCCAUUUAAUGAGCGUGUUGUGACUACCGCUGGCAAUGAUGGAAGAUUACUACUGUUUGAUACUAGGCAAUCUGUACAUGAGUCAUUAGUUAUAGCAAGAAGUCGGAAAGUAUUUCAUGGAGUAAUGUUCCACCCACAGCAAGUUGGUAUGCUAGUCUCUGCUAAUGCGAGAGAUGGUGUCGCUCUGUGGGACUUAAGGUCACCUAAACAUCCAGUAAUCCGCUAUGUGGGCAACAAUGGCUCCUGUCAGAACAGUAUGAGCGUUAGUUUCAAUCAAACUGGAACGCACAUCCUUGCCCUGCGGCGCCGCCUAGCACCUGUGUUAUACGCAGUACAGUCCCCGGAGCCCGUCGCAGAGUUUCACCACCAGGACUAUUACAAUUCGUGCACUAUGAAGAGCUGUUGCUUUGCUGGCAAGAGUGACCAAUUUGUGCUGUCAGGAUCGGAUGACUUUAAUCUCUAUAUGUGGAAAGUACCAGAUACGGGAGGUGGUUAUGAUAUGGCGAUAGAGUCGCCGCAUAUAGUUCUGUACGGUCAUCGAUCAAUUGUGAAUCAAGUGCGUUACAACCCUCAUUAUUGUCUCAUCGCAUCAUCGGGUGUGGAAAAAAUUAUAAAGAUCUGGUCGGGGCUGGAGUACCCGGGCAUGCGCGGGGCGCUGCUGGAGGAGGCGCAGGGCUCCGACAACCCGCGCGAGAUGUACAGCCACGAGGACUACGUGUCCCUCGUUCACCACAGCGGGCAGUAUCUGUCACAUAACUACGCUGAACAAUCAACGAGUGAAGAUCCACGCAUGAUGGCGUUUUUCGAUUCGUUGGUUCAACGUGAGCUCGAGUGUCUCGCUGAAGAAACGGACUCAUUGGACGGGUCCAGCUCGGGCUCGGUACACGGAAAUGUUUCUGACUCCAGUGACAGCGAUCACAUUGUUGUUGAUUUCCUACCAUUACCACCCAAGAGAGUAACUCCAAACGGAAGUCGAAGUCAGCGGUGUCAAAAUCGAUUGGCGCGUCUUGUCGCAUCUAGGUAUCCAAAGAGCGUCCGGUCUCAGAAACAUGGUCCUCUUAGGAGGAGCAAGCAGCCGCGCGCGUGCGUGCGCCGGGCGAGCGCGAAGGGCUCGCGCGCGCGCGGCCCGCGCCGCCCCGCGCCCCGCCGCGCGCCGCGCCGCGCACCGCCCUCCAGCGGGCACACCGACUCCGACGAGCCGGCGCGGUGUGGCCACAGGCGCUCCGGCAGGAUCAUCCGGCCAGUUAGGAGAAGAAUGAACAUCACGAGAAGUACGAAAAGGAAAAACAAAGUCACUAGUUAUAGGAAAGUUAUGAAUUUAAGAAGUAACGGUAAUGUAAUGGCUCAAGACAGUAGUGAUAACAAUAAUUUUUCAAAUUUCGACAAUUACGAAGAUAAUUUAGCUUUACCUAGCACAAGUACAGGAUAUAGGGGCCAAAACAAUUCAGCGCUUUUUCGAAUAGCCGAGGUGGAUUCUGAUGACGAUCAGUCAGUGAGCAGUCGACCAAUUUCGCCCAGGAACCAAAACGGUAACCAGGGCAUUCCUACUAAUCUAGUUAGCAUCGUACCAACCCCUAUAAACGGUUCGCGAGAUUCUCUAAGCGAUUCAUUAAGAGUGGAACCACCAGGAUCCGAGAGCAAUAAUUCGUCUCCACCCCCCGAAAGUCGGCUGAGAAUUAAUUUAAGGCGCGUCAGAAGAAAUGGACGACUCAACCUCCAUUCCGACUCGAGUGAGUCACCGCCACCCAAAGAAUCCACUGAAGCGACAUCAUCAGUAACAACAAGGCUAUCACCAAAGGUUGGCUACAACUGGACGGUAGCGAGGCUCAUGAAUGAGACCAAUGAAAGUGAAUUGGAAAGCAGUUGUAGCACGGAAAGUAGUUUAUGGCUCGCCCCAAAUACUCGGACUCCAGAUAGUGGAGUUGGUACUGUGGCUGGUAGUAGUUCAAGGUAUCAGCAACCUGAUGAUGUGUCAGACGAUCCUGAGUAUCAAGCACAUAAGUUCAGGCAGCGAGUGAAAAAAGCUCGCCGUAAUUACAGGACUCAUAUGGAUUCUGAUUCCAACUGAAGGAAAAUAUAUUAAACUCCAUUUCCUUACAGUUUGAACAAAAUAUAAACAUUUAAAAGCUUGAAGUAUGAAACAGAAAU